CAAUGCGAAAUAUACAUCAACUGGAUCUGCACGUUUUGACAGUCUUCACGUCAACAAUACAGGAACUAUGUUUGUAUCACUUUCAUUUUGGGCUCUGAUCACCAUGAUACUCACAUCUAAUGCACAACACCACCCUGGAAACCCUGCUAAUGGCACUUGCAUUGAUUGUCAUGAUGCUAUGUACGAAAAUGGAGUAUGGCACGAUAUAUGCACUGAGGAUUUCACCUGCCCAAUUCACAUAGCAGACAUUGAAAAUCUAAUUAAGGGGAAAACAGUUAGGUUUCACGAAACAUAUUAUUUUGGAAAUGCAGCAUUUAUACCUGGUACACGUCACUAUGAGUUUGACGCAAUACUCGCAUCACAAAUAGGAUCCAUUGAAAAGGGUGACAUAGGAACUGAAGAGGUACCAACUGACAAUUGUCAACUAUGUGAUGUAUAUGUAAUAGAAGAUGCGUGGGUUCAAUGUGUUUGUAAAAUUGUCGAUUGCCCAUCAGUCAUCGCCGAGCAAGUAGAGUUAAAAGGGUCACUUCCUGAAAAAGAUACUACACGCGAUAGAAUCUGUUUGAUUCGCAGAGAUGAUGGGUAUACCAUCUAUACCUGCGCAUAUUAUUCUGAUGAUUCUGAUUUUGUUGAUAAUCUAAUUCAAGCUAGUACAUAG